CUGUGACGUCACGACAUCGCCCGAGGCGGCUGGCGCAUGCGCAGGAGCCAAACGGAGCGACGACGACGCUUCCUUUCGGCUUCCUUGUCCUUUCCGGACCGGAAAUGGAAGCGGACCGGCCCGCCCGGCCUUUCGCCGUCCUUAAACAGCAGGAUCUCGUUCUUUUGGGAAGUGUUUUCAGCCUCCUUCUCCUGGCAAUUCUUUUAUUAUCCAUCUGCGUUUAUAAACCCAUCCGACGUCGAUGAAAGUAAAUAAAUAUAUUAUAUUAUAUUAUCUAUAUAUAAUAAUAAUAUAAUAUAAUAUAAUACAUAAUAUUAUCCACGGAAUUACUUUUU